AUGUUUGCGCUCGCCUCUUCCCGCGCCGUCACGUGCGCGCCCGCCGCCGUCGCGCGGGCGUCGCUACAAGCCGCUCGUCCCGCCGGCCGCGUUUCGUUCGCAGCUGUUCGGACGGCCGCUCCCAGCGCGCUGCGAUCAGACCUCGUCUCUGCUCGCCCCGCCAUCUCCUCCCUCUCGUGCUCGCUCGCAGGUCUGCGCCUCUCCCCUGAGAGCUCUGGGCGCAUGGUGUUCCCUGUGUCAAGGGGCUCUCGGCUGGUGGUGCGAGCAGGAGGCACCAGCAUUGGCUGCACCAAGCGCCACGCCUCCCGCAAAAAGCGCGCCAGAGUGUCUGGUUACCGUGCGCGCAUUGCCACCAAGGAUGGGCUCAAUGUGCUGAAGCGCCGCCGCGCCCGUGGCCGUAAGGUGCUUGUGCCCCAGGCCUCGUCGCGCACAGGGAAGCGUGCUUAG